AUGUCACAAGACCCGUCCAUGCCCUCCUCGGUCUACACGCGAACCUCUAGUCCGUCCUCUCAUACCGACUCUCAAUAUUCCACUGCCCCUAUCGGCGCUGCUCAAGAUAUUGCUGCAGCCAGUGUCGGCGGAUGUACUGGGGACGCUGAGCCAUGGCUACAACUGAAAAGGGUCGACAUACCCUCUAGUUACCAGCUCGGAAGUCUGAACCUGAACAACACAGUAGCUCUGGAUUUAUUCCACCAGAGGAAUGCCAGCCGUCGCGCCCUGCCUGACAUAGAUGCAACUGUGAAAGAUACCACCUGGCUUGCCUGCUUCGAUAUAAACACCCGUGAGUUCCUGGGGUUCCCAUCCCUGUUUUCAUCUGGAUACUACCUGAAAAGUGUAUCCCGUGCUCGCGAACGAGCAUCAAGUCUUCUGGACGCGUCCUAUCACACGGUAUUAGAAAUCCGCCAGCUCACCAUGACUUCUAUAGCGAAGCUCGACAUGAUUACAGACUCCGCCCUGCACUUUUCCAAGAUCCAAAGCAGCACCAAUGACUUGGAGCUGCUGAAGAGCUCAGGUCAGCACUCCUGGAAUCCCGAGACAGAACUCACUUUUCAAGGCGCAAAGCUGUACUUGUAUGCCAUGACACUUCUAUUGCCACCCGCUACAGAGUCUGUCAUUACUCUUCAGGCCAUCUAUAAUCGGGACGCAGCACUGAUCAGAGGAUUGAUGUCUGCUUCAACAAUGAUAUCAGACAUACUUCAGCAAAUCCGUGACAAGCCCACUCAAAGCACGGAUAAGAUUACAUGCAGUGUAGCGUUCUGGCCAAAGACCCAAAUCAGCUACCUUUUCUAUGCCGCGACAUUUAUUUUCCGGGUUCUUCUCUCACAUUCGAGUCUUACACCGCAGAAUAUAACCCUCGCUAUGUCGCGUCUUGCAGAUGCAUACGCAAUUUGUAGAAUAGAACCGCUGCAUCCAGAUCGAACACGCGCUGGCGAGAUUAUCCAGCGUUUGAUAGAAGUUGCGCGCUCUUAUGUAACGACAGACGGUGGCGAAAUUGACGCCAAACCACUACUCCCAAGAGGUCUUCUUGUCACUGGUCGCUUAGGGGCAUCGGUCAUGUUUGAUGCCGUACUGCGGUCUGUACACUUUCAAAAACAAUGUACGCAGAGGCGCAAGUCCCGCCCGAGAAAUGAAACUGGUAUGUCUCAAGCCGACACGCCUCUCCAUGGCACGGAACAGCGGGCAGGCGGAGAUGCCAGUUCAAAUGCCGGACUGAUAGGGCAGAGUCAAUCUGCAGAAGCCUUUUCAAACAUACAAGGCGGGGCAGGGGUGACAGGGCUUGGGGAUUUGUUUGACUUCGACUUCAUGGAUCCCUAUGAGUAUAUCAUGAGCACUGACUCGUCUCUCAUGUACGACGCCCUGCAGGACCCAGGCUUCGGAAAUUUGUAA